AACUUCAUGAGUACUAUUACCUGUAGCACGAGAUUUAUCUGAUUGGGGUCAAACAGGGGGGUGUACAGAGAAUCCUGGAGCCAGAGAAGAGGACAGCAUCUCUGAUUAAUUUCACAGCAAAGAUGUUGUAUUUGGAAAACAAUGCACAGGCUCAAUAUAAUGAGCCGCAAUACACAAACCUGGGGCUGCUUAAUAGCAUGGAACAGCAGAUCCAGAAUGGUUCUUCAUCUACCAGCCCAUACACCAACGAGCAUGCUCAAAACAGUGUCACAGCACCAUCUCCAUAUGCACAGCCCAGUUCCACGUUUGAUGCCCUAUCUCCCUCUCCAGCCAUCCCUUCAAACACCGAUUAUCCGGGGCCUCACAGCUUUGAUGUGUCAUUUCAGCAAUCCAGCACUGCAAAGUCAGCCACUUGGACGUAUUCUACAGACCUCAAGAAGCUUUACUGCCAGAUUGCCAAAACCUGCCCGAUCCAAAUAAAAGUGAUGACACCGCCUCCACAGGGAGCUGUGAUUCGAGCAAUGCCCGUCUACAAAAAAGCAGAACAUGUUACAGAGGUUGUAAAACGAUGCCCAAACCAUGAGCUCAGUCGGGAGUUCAAUGAGGGUCAGAUAGCUCCCCCAAGUCACCUCAUAAGAGUGGAGGGCAACAGUCAUGCUCAAUAUGUGGAAGAUCCAAUCACUGGCCGACAAAGUGUUCUAGUACCUUAUGAACCACCACAAGUUGGAACAGAGUUCACAACAAUAUUAUAUAACUUUAUGUGCAACAGCAGCUGUGUUGGAGGAAUGAACCGGCGACCUAUUCUGAUCAUAGUAACCCUUGAAACAAGAGAUGGUCAAGUUCUUGGUCGGCGUUGUUUUGAAGCUCGUAUUUGUGCUUGUCCGGGUAGAGACCGCAAGGCAGAUGAGGACAGUAUAAGGAAACAGCAAGUCUCAGACAGUACCAAGAAUGGGGAAGCAUUCCGGCAAACCACGCAUGGUAUCCAGAUGACCUCAAUUAAAAAAAGACGAUCGCCAGAUGAUGAGGUGUUGUACCUACCUGUAAAAGGACGGGAAAUUUAUGAAAUGUUGUUAAAGAUCAAAGAGUCUUUGGAGCUCAUGCAAUUCCUUCCCCAACAUACCAUUGAGAACUACAGACAACAGCAGCAGCACUUGCUACAGAAGCCGGACAGAAGCCUACAGAGCAACUUGACUGGCCCACGAAAUACAGGGAGGAGUGACACCUUCUCCAUACAACAGUGGCAAAAAAGAAUGCAGAACAGCCCCAGCUACAUGGAACACAAUCUAAAGCAUUCUCCAAUAGAGCAAGAUGUCAGAGAUGAAAAUUACCUAAAUGAACGGUCCUCAUUACAAGUUCAGCCUUCAUUUGGAUCUCCUUCUCCUCCCCUAAACAAGAUGAACAGCAUGAACAAGCUGCCUUCAGUCAGUCAGCUGAUGAACCCACAGCAAAGGAACUCACUCACCCCAAACAACAUGGCUGAUGGCAUGGGUGCAAAUAUUGCCAUGAUGGGUGCACAUAUGCCAAUGACUAGUGAUCUCAAUGGACUUAGUCCCUCUCAGACACUGCCACCCUCCUUAUCUAUGCCGUCCACAUCACACUGUACUCCACCCCCACCGUACCCCUCAGACUGCAGUAUUUCCAGUUUUUUAGUGAGAUUGGGAUGUUCAUCUUGUCUGGACUAUUUCACUACCCAGGGUUUGACCACAAUCUAUCAGAUUGAACACUACUCAAUGGAGGACUUGGCCAGCCUGAAGAUCCCAGAACAAUUCCGUCAUGCUAUCUGGAAGGGUCUUUUGGAGCACCGACAGAUGCAUGAGUUUUCAUCUCCUCCUCACUUGCUCCGCACCACCAGCAGUGCUUCCACUGUCAGUGUGGGCUCCAACGAAUCCCGCGGGGAAAGAGUAAUCGAUGCUGUGCGCUUCACGCUACGUCAAACUAUCUCCUUCCCACCUCGGGAUGAGUGGGGUGACUUUGGCUUUGACAUGGACAACAGGAGGAACAAGCAACAACGUAUCAAGGAAGAGGGCGAGUGACUUAAUCCUCCCAUGUACUUUUAAUUGCUACCAACUGCCAUAUAGGGCCACCAUCGAGAUUCUUUGACUGGAGAACCAACCUUCAAAAACAGAUUUGUGUAUGCGAGUGUGUGCGUGAAAAUAUUGGAAUUAAAAUGGAAAUGAAAAAAAGAAUGGAGAGUGAGCAAGAAACACAGACUACAUGUAGAAGUCUGCUUAGAGAGUUGUGCCAAAAAUAAACAAUGCAUAAUGUCUUAUUCAACAUGGUGAGAAUCUACAUCAAGGAGAGUAAAGGUUAAGGGCAUGGCUUGUGUGUGCCUAUACAUAUAGUUACUAUAAAUCAGGCCUCUCCUCUUUGUUCUGCCACACCUUUAUUCUCGUAUAAAACAACACAAGUAAGAUUUAAAUGUCUUAAUAUAUAUUCGUAAUAACUGAAUAAUGAAAAGUUAAUAUAUAGCCUCAGUAAAAUAUUCUGCUAUUGACAUAGACAUGCAAAGUAAAAGGGCAUAAGAAUAUUAGAACAAUACGAGUAAUGUAGUUUAAAAUACCAAUGAAGUAUACACAAUGCACACACACACACACACACACACAAUUUAGCAGUGCUGGAGCUUUAAUGCAUUAUCCGUAGCCUACACGUAAACCUUUUGUUGUACGAAUAUCCAUACAAUUUAAUAAAAGUUAACUACAUAAGGCACCUAUAAAGUUAAACUCAGUGAUCAUUCACUUGUAAGCUUAUUAUUGAAGUUUGUCUUGGUAAUUUAAACUGUGUUACAUGUAUUAUUGCGUGUUUCAUGUUUUUCCUUACUCAGUAGUCAAUAUGACACCUUUUCUUAGAAGGCAUCCAGACAGUUCACAUUUCAUGCACUUACAAAUGAACAUACCUAUUUAUAGUUUCACUUAUGUGGAUGUAAGUUCCGAACUUAACUCUCUAUGUAUUCCCUAUCAGUGUACUACAAAACUAGUCCACUCUUAAUCCAUUUGAUAAUGUGAUUGUAGUCUAAUGUGAUUACAGCUCGGAGGUCCAUGUUCAUGCAUAGAAUGUGGAAUAUUGCGUGCGUGAGCCUCAAGAUAGUAGUUUGUAUUGCUCCAGGCCUAUGUAGUCUGAUGGUGGUCCUGUUGCCAUAACAUAAUUCCUAAAUCAAUUUUUUGUAUAGAGCCAAGAUUGGUAACUAAUGUGCUAGGCACAAAAUUGCACUUAAUAAACGUUAUAUGUUCAUAUAUAUGAAAACGUUUACAUCAAGGGGUACAGCUUAUAUGCUUAUUGUGCUUCUAGAGAACUAAAAAACCUUGUUCAUAUCUCCAGUGCUAAAUGGAAUCACAACUUUGUGUGGUUCACUGUAUUUUUUAUAAUAAAUGAUUCUUUUUGUAUAUCUUAAGUAGAACAACCACACUGAUCUCGAUUUAGUAUAUGGUGAGAAAUAAAGCCAUUCAAUUUUAUUCAGACUUAUCUAGUCUUUUGGGGGACACAAAUUUGAGCAUUUGCUUAUUUUUUUUUUAAAGUGGAGGAAUUGUUGUGUGUGUGUGUGGGGGGGGGGGGAGUGUUGUCGCCAUUUUCAUAGCUGAAUAGAUGUAUAAUAGAAUAUAGAUACAUAUUCUAAAUCGAAGGUUGGAUGACUUUCCACCAUAACCACUUUAAUAAAUUGUAGUGGUUAUGGUGCUUAGAGUACCACUUGAAGCUGAACAGAAUUAUUUAUGUAUGUGCAAAUUUUAAAGCACUUGAGCAUAUAUUUUUUUUC